AUCAGAAAGCCCACGAUUCAGAGCCAAGACGAUCAGAACAACGACAAUGAGAAUGUCGUGAGUACCUUUACAUUUAUAAAGAAAAGGGAUAUUUUUUAUUUCUUAAUAAAUUCCAGCAUUUUUUAUAUUUUUUUUAAGGGUGGCGAAGACGUUCGAUAUGAUAAAUAUUAUUUUUACAAUUUGUACCUCAGCAUUUAGGAUUUGCAGUGAUAACCAAUAAUUUGUUGGCAAUAUUUAAAAAAACAACAACAUUAUACUCCAUUGGAGUUAAAUUUGUGUGUAUGUGGGGGGGGGGGUGUUGAAGCGUGGUGAGGUCAUUGUGGUCAAACAUGGUAUCACUAAGACGAUUCCUACAGCACAUACACGCUCCAGGUUUGGUUGUUUGUUCUUUUGUUUUUUGUUUUUUUGUUGUUUUUUUUUUGUUGUUUAUAGCGCCUUGCAUUUACUGAACGUGUUGAUGUUGCAAAACCUUUGUAAAGAGAAAACAGGUUUUAGCACGUGACCAUCAAGUGUUUGUAGUUUUGUUUUCACUGUCAUCGGGGGACCACCAGUGGAUUCGUUUGUGAAACAAGAUCACUUUAAAUACAUUAUUAUUUCCACCACGUCAUUCCCCCCCCCCAGCUCUUUAUGGUUAUUGUAUUACUGUGCUAAAUCUUAUGACAGUUAUGAAUUAUACCCUCUCAAGUUUUGGGACACUUCGAUUCAAAUUAUUAUUAGGACCCUUGGCAAAAUUAUUUUUAAGAGAACUAGAAAUAAAAGUAAACUUAUAAAAUUAAACAAAACUGGCCUUUCAAUUUAGGAAUGCCUGUGUGUGUGUGCGCGUGUGGUUUUUUUUUAAUGUGCCUGUCAUCUAAAACAUCAAUAAGUUUUGAAAAAAUAAAUUUCAAAUUAAUUUAAACACUAGAAUAACAUAAACAGGCCGCACCACUCAAUGACAUAAACAGGCCUCACCACUCAAUGACAUAAACUGGCCUCACCCUUCGUGGACAUAAACAGGCCGCACCACUCAAUGACAUAAACAGGCCGCACCACUCAAUGACAUAAACAGGCCUCACCACUCAAUGACAUAAACAGGCCGCACCACUCAAUGACAUAAACAGGCCUCACCACUCAAUGACAUAAACAGGCCUCACCACUCAAUGACAUAAACAGGCCUCACCACUCAAUGACAUAAACAGGCCUCACCACUCAAUGACAUAAACAGGACACCACCCAAUGACAUAUACAGGCCUCACCACUCAAUGACAUAAACAGGCCCCACCACUCAAUGACAUAAACCGGCCUCACCACUCAAUGACAUAAACAGGCCUCACCACUCAAUGACAUAAACAGGCCUCACCACUCAUUGACAUAAACCGGCCUCACCUCUAAAUGACAUAAACAGGCCUCACCACUCAAUGACAUAAAUAGGCCUCACCACUCAAUGACAUGAACAGGCCUUACCACUCGUGGAGUCAAUUCGCCAUACACUUUUUUUUUCCUUUCAUAAAACUUUACAGAAAUAAUUUGGAUCUUGGACUUCUUGCCUUAUGUAACGUUAUUACAUUGAAGACAUGAGCAGAAUGAACGUAAUCACUACUUCGUAUACUUUCUCUCCUCCACUGCAUCACGACACAAAGGACUUCCUCCUCGAGACGCAACGUACUGUUUUUUUCAAAUUUGCCUUAAUCGCGUAUCUUCAUUUCAUUUAGCCAGUCUAUGAUUAAUUUUUUUUUUUUUUUUUUGCAGUAACUUUAUAUACGGAUUGGUGAUCUUUUUCGCGUGCCUUGGCCUCACAGCGUCAAACAAAGGUAAACACAUUCUCUCUCUUUCUUUCUCUCGCUCUCUCUCUUUCUUUCUUUCUCUCUCUCUCUCUCUCUAUCUCUCUAUGUAUCUUGUUUUCUUCCUUUUUCACUCCAUCUCUGUUUGUUUCUCUCUCCGUCUCCCUUUCUCUCACUCAUUUUCUCUCUCCCUGCCUACCUAUCUCUCUUAUUCACUCUCUUUCUCACUCACUCAAUCUCUGAAUCUCUCUGUUUCUCUCUCUACCUCUCUCUCUCUUACUUUCUCUCUCUCUACCACUCUCUCUCUUUCUCUCUCUCUCUUCGUCUCUCCCCCCCCCCACUCCCGCUCUCUUUCAACAUGCCCUCUCUGCUGUCCAGAUUUUUGUUUUAAUGCCUUGAAGUAAGUUCUACUUUCAACUCUGAUUAUGCCAUGCCUGUAAGCCCGCGGACAUUAUUUCGUCAAAGGCGGACCAAGUUCCAAAGGAUGAAACUUUAAAACAAAAAUCUUUUAAACUAACUUAUACAGCCUUUCUGGCUGUGUUUUUCUGGGGAAUAAUACAAUUUAAUUGUUUGUUUUUUUACAAUAAAUUAGCUUCAAUUUUUAACUUAUUUCGUUUGUUUAAUAAAUUUCAGAGGAAGCCCCCAGUGAGUCGAUGCAAGAGCAGAAUGAUUUCGUUGUGUUCCGAAACAGUUCAGCGAACGUCACCAACGAGAAGCUGGUGCACGCAGUGGUAGCUUUCUGCUCAUUGGACCCUGCACUGUGCUACAAACUGGUACGAAAAUUUGUAGCUCCCUUUUUUCGCCCAGAGACCCCCGCAGAGCCGGGGCCUCUUGCCAACCCCUACAUCCCUAGGUGUGGAGCACCAAGGUUCGGCCUGGACGGAGCAGUCUGGUUCCUCCUAGGGUGCUUGCUCCUGUUAAACCGUAUCCACCUUGACUCGAAUUGGAAGUGAUGCAUUAAUCUGUCAGGCUCAGACAUGGUUUUCGAAUUCUAAAUUCUAAAGAUUUUGUUCUUGUUAAGAUGUAAUGGUAUUCGUGUUUUGUUGUGUUGUUUUUUUUUCGUUUCUUCAAAUUUGUUAAAGCUUUGUUUUAGACAAAUAACAAGUCUUUUUUUUUAACGCACGUCUACUGGUUGUCCAAAAUUUAAUCAAUAAAUUUUACUAAAAUAAUUUGAAAUACAGACUUUCCAGAUUUGUCGCUAGAGAUAUGUAAGAUUAUUAAAUAUGGUAUUUUAAAUAUUUAAAAAAAAAUAUUUAUAACGUUUUUUUUUUUAAAUUCGAUGAGUCAAAAGUUAGGAUUUGAUGGCAGAUUAAAUUGAUAAAUGUUUAUUUGUUUUAAUCAAUUAAUGGCUUGAAGGAAAGCAAAAAUGUGUUUACUUUGUUUGAAGUUUUGAAUUGGACCUCUUUAAAAAAAGAGAAAGUUGGGUUAUUAUUGUUUAUUCUUUGGGGUGGGGGCGUGAAACAUAAUUAUACCUUUAUUUAUGGUUUUUUUAAACAAUCUCAUCCACCCACUCUUAUUCAUUCGGCAGUAGGUGAAAUUACUAAUUUGAUGGUAAAAAUUGCUGGUACAAAAUUCAGGAAGCGAAGAGUAUUGUGAGUCCCGUUCGUCCUUUCUAUAUGUCAUUUUUAGUCAGUUUUUUAGUUAGUUUUCUGGUCACCAAAAGAGGGGAGACUUCACUCAAUGCAUCCUUGACGAAUUGAUGGAUUGAUGAGUAGCUAUUAGCCCAGUCAGUGAACGUUGGUAAAGGGGAAAAAAAGAUAUUACUCAAGGUUUAUUUUAAGAAUUGCCACUUUUUGAAGAAUUGAAUUUUUAAUUUGUAUAGUCUACAUUCAUCUGGGGAAACUCUUCACAAAAAAAAACUGUUAAAGAAUGUAACUAUCUAAAUGUAGACAAAGAUCUCACUCGUGAAGUAAAAUAAAAGAAUGCCAUAGCAUGGACCAGAUACAAUCCUCGGUCGCACAAUCGUCAAUCAGCUACAAUAACUCUAUCAUGUUAUUGUGUGUGUGUGUGUAUGUGUGUGUGUGUGUUGUUUAUCGUCUGUUAUCAACGAUCAUGUUUUAGAAACCCUGGACUUGCAAUCUUGUGUCAUGAGACAAAUAAAAAAAAUUCCC